GCUAAGUUAAACCCACGAAGUGUAUUUAAAGUAAAUCUACAUUUCAUAAUGAAACCUUAUACUGAAUUAUUUUGAAUAAUAAUAUUUAAAAUUAAAAUGUAACAGCAUUCAAGUUUUAUAAAGUACUUUUUGUUUUACAUCGGAAAAUUCAAAUAUAUAAUGAGUGACAAUUAUCGUUGAAUACAAUUUUUAAAAAUAUUUUUGAGAAUUUUUAAAUCAUGUCUGAUCUCAAUAUAUUUAAUGCUUUUCUUCAAAUAUCUCACCAAAAACUAGUAAAUAUUUUGAAAUCAUUACCAGGUCCUAAAGAUUUGGUGAUUGAAUAUUCACUAUUUAAACCUCUAGAAAUGUUUAUUGAUAUGAAGAGUCUUAGGCUACAUGGAGUUGAUAAAGUGUAUAAACUACAAGAUUCCAUCAAUCCAAUAACAGACAGACAAUGUGUUUUUUUUGUAUCAGCAAAAUUAAUAAGUAUUAAAAUCAUAUGUGAUCUAAUUAAUUCUCGUCUUAGCACAUCAUCAGUUGCUGAAAAUAUUUUAAAAGUAAUUUUAGUUCCUAAGUCUUUAAUUACAGUUCAAAAACAAUUUGAAGAAGAAGGUGUAUUUGGCUUCAUAGAAAUUUUUGAAUUUCAAUGGGACUUCAUUCAUUUGGGUGAUUCAUUUCUGUCAUUAGAAAUGAAUGAUUUCUAUCAGCAAACAUUUGUUGAAGAAAAUCAAUCAAAUUUACUGGCAGUUUCAAAAUCAUUAUGGGUUGCAUUUAUGGUUUUUGGAUUUCCUCAAACAAUAUGCUUAAAUGGAAAAUAUUCAACAGCAAUUUAUAAAUUAUUAAAUAGAUAUUUUCAAGAUAAAGGAAGACCUAAAAAUAAAAGUAAUUCAUGUUUUUUAAUGUUAGAUAGAGAUUUUGAUUAUGCAAGUAUUUUGUUAACACCAUGUACUUAUGCUAGUCUUUUAGAUCAAGUUAUAGGUAUAUGCAAUGGUAUUAUAGAGAUUAAAAAAAGUGAUAGUACCAAAUCAUUAAAAAAUUUAUGUAAUCCUGAUGAGAUUUACACCCAUGUAAAGUAUAAACAAUUUGGUGAUGUUUUAAAUUAUUGGAAAUCUAAAUCAAUAGAACUACAAGAAAAACUAGAGAAGAGUAAAAAAUUGCAAUUAGAUGAAAUGAAACAAUAUGUUGCACAAGAAUUACAAAAUGUUAUACUUGCAAAAAAGAAUUUGGCUUUUCAUAUUGAUGCAUCAGAAGUAAUUUCACAAGCUAUUGGUAAUACAUUCAUUGAUUACACAACACUGGAAAAAAAUAUGUUGGAAAAUAAAAAUAGGAAAGAAAACUUGAAUUCCAUUGAAGAUUUCAUGGCAUUUGGAAAAGGUUCAGCAAAUAAUAUUCUUCGACUUAUAUGCUUAUUUUCUUUGACUCAAGAUGGUUUCACAUCUAAUGAGUUAAUUAGUAUAAGAACAAAAUUUUUACAUCAAUUUGGGUUUAAAUAUUUUGAAACAUUUCAUUUAUUAGAAAAAUUGAACCUUAUCUUAAUUCAAGAUACUAGUUCAGUUUUGCAAAAUAAUAUAAGUAAAAUUAUAUCCAUAAACAAAACAAAACAAGUUUUACAAAGUAUGGGACAAAAAUUAAGGCUUAUUAGUAACAAAGAAAAUUCUAUGAGUACUGCAUUUGGUGGAUCUUAUGUGUCAGCAAUUGGUAGAAUAAUUGAAAUUAUUUGUAAAGAAGACGUACCUGAUGAAAUUAUUAAAUUGCUAUCAAAUUUUUCUUUUCAAAUUAUUAAUUUUAAUACUGGUAUUAAAACUGUCUAUGUUAUGGUGGUUGGUGGUACAACUUAUGCUGAACAAGCUGCAUUUCAUUUUUUAGAAAAAGCAAUGAAUAUAAAAAUUAUUAUAUUAUGUACUAAUAUAAUUAAUGGAAAUAGUCUAAUUAAUUCAUGUUUACAAUAAAUUAAUAUGGUUAUUUCGACACAAAAAAUAUUUUUUUAAUUUAUAAUAUUUUUUAUUCUUUAUUGAUUUGACUUCAAAUAUAUUUACAUAUUAACUAGA